GUCGAGAGUAGCGCGGUGACGUCCUGCAGGCACGGUAUCAAAGAACAAAGAACAGUGUUCCCCGGCACUUAGUGUACAGGAGAAUUUGCGUGCGCGCACGCGUGUGUGUGUGCGAUUGUGGUUCUUUGUGUGAACACAGGUUCUAGGAUCCCUAAGAUCGUGUAAGCAUCGGAAGCUGCGGAGUGUUUUGUGUUGUUUCACCAGCAAGAAUCCAUUAACCUGGUCGUCAGGACAACGGGAUCAUAAUCGACGGGAGUUGUCAAAAAAAGGGACACGAGCGAACGAACGAGCUAACCAUUGGCGCACAAUAGUCAGCGUCUGUGUGUGCUGACGUACGUUCCAUUAGGACAAACCGAAUAGACACAUUAUAUACAUAAGCUUCAAAUGUUAGAUUGAGCAUUCAUGACGACGCGGUGUUGCUAAACACGCAAGCCAACUAGACCGACACAGACACAGACGUUGCAAAACAAUAUAGAGAAACUGAACGGACAUCAGAGGAAGCGUUGGAAUACUGCAGAUUAAGAGCAGAACAAACUAUACACCCAGAGGACCACAACCUAUUGCGUAGUUGUUUUUUAUUGAAACUUUUACACCAACUCUACUGAGACGCGCAAAGCAACCAAAACGGGAUACCCGUUGUGCAAGCGUAGUACAAACGCUACAGCGAAACGCAACCCAAAGCGAGCCAAACGAAUACAUUCGACUGCAGCAUCCAGCAGCAGCAGCAGCAGCGGCACAUCGGCUCGUGCAUCGUCACCGAUCGAUCCUCGACGCGCACGAAAGGCGAAGAGAUUUCAGUGCUGGGGUACCGCUACGUACAGCCUGCAGGAGGCACCAUGCUGGCCAUGUCGACGCUGAUGAUGCCGGCACCGACGAUGGCGCUCGGUGCGCCACAGCUCGCGGUCGGCCCGCACCAGAAGCCGCCGGAAGCGAAACUGCUCGCGAUCCACCCGGCACACACGCAAACGCAAACAACUCCCCAGCAUCAGCUGCAGGCGCAACAGCAGCAGCAGCAGCAGCAGCAAGCGCAACAGCAGCAGCAACAGCAUCAGCAACAACUGCAGCAGAUGUCUGCCAUCAAGCAAGAGCACUAUCAUAUAUUCGUCGGUGAUCUGAGCCCUGAAAUCGAAACUCAAACACUGAAGGAAGCAUUCGCACCGUUCGGGGACAUAUCCGAUUGUCGCGUUGUUAGGGACCCUCAAACAUUAAAAUCAAAAGGAUACGGAUUUGUUUCAUUCGUUAAGAAAACGGAAGCGGAAAAUGCAAUUGCGGCUAUGAAUGGGCAAUGGCUUGGUUCGAGGAGUAUUCGAACUAAUUGGGCAACUAGGAAACCGCCGGCUAGCAAGAACGAAAUCAACGCAAAACCGCUGACAUUCGACGAGGUGUACAAUCAAAGCAGCCCGACCAACUGCACCGUCUACUGCGGUGGCAUCGGGGGCACGCUGGCCGGUGGCCUGAAUGAGGACAUUCUGCAGAAGACGUUCUCCCCGUUCGGCACCAUCCAGGAGAUACGCGUCUUCAAGGAUAAGGGAUACGCGUUCGUAAGAUUCUCAACGAAAGAGGCCGCCACGCACGCCAUCGUGGCCGUGCACAACUCGGAGAUCAACUCGCAAACGGUGAAAUGCUCGUGGGGCAAGGAGAGCGGCGAUCCGAACAACGCUCCUUCGCUGGCCACGCAGGCCCUGAGCCAAACCGGAUUCCCGUUCAACACCGCCUACGGUCAGCAGGUGGCCGGCUACUGGUAUCCGCCUGCCCCGGCCUACCCGGCCACUCCGGCCCCGGCCGCCACACCGCUGCAAGGCCAGUUCCUGCAGGGAAUGCAGGGCUACACCUACGGACAGUUUGCGGGCUACCAGCAAGGCUACAUGGGCAUGGGCAUGCAGAUUCCCGGUGCCUGGCCAGCGGUUCCGACGCAGGCCCAGCUUCCAGCCACUGCCCAGCAGAUCACGGCCCAGAGCGUCGGUGGUGCGCUGCCCCAGACGGCCGGUGUCGUUGCCUACCCGAUGCAGCAGUUUCAGUUAGCUGAAGACGAAUGGUUAGCGCCAAGUCUUCUAGUGUAGCUUCCCUGAUGGCCAUCACUGUGCGGCUGUGUCACACAGCGUAAUUAAUGUGCGAGAAGGAAGUAUAUGAAGACUUUUAUGGUUUUUGCGUUGCCCUCCCCGCAAAGUGCACGUCAUAUAAAUUUCAUCCUAACAUUUUGGUUUUGGGCGCCCAGAGAAGCAAAAGAGAAGGAAAGAGCCGAGACGUGGUUCGGCUCGCGAUCGCGAAUGUUUACGAUGGUUACCAACAUCAAAUUAGAAGCGCAAAGAAUAAGCAAACAAAAGAAAAAAACAAACAAACGAACACAAACGAAAAAAUACUAUAAAAAUCGAAAAAGCAAAGGAAAAAGAAAAUAAAACAAAGGAACAAACUGAUACAGCUAUUAUCAAAAAAACGGGAGAAACAGUAAAACAGAGUCAGUUGCAAGCAACCGAAGGUGAAAGUUCAGCUAGGUGGUGAAGGAAAACAAUUUCUCUUGACAGCAGUGGGUAAUUAUAAACCAAUUAUACGUCAAUAACUGUAGCACAAGGUAAGUGCGAGACGAGAGUAAAAUGCCCCCAGAAACCCAGGUUGAUUCCGUGGCACAGUGAAUAACAAAAAGCACUAAAUUUACUUCUGAUAUUUUUCAUGAUAGAUAGUACUCAUUCAAUGAAAACAACAACAAAAAAAAACAAACAAUACACACGCAUAAAAAUGACACAAGAAGAGAAGGGACAAAAUAAAACAAAAAAGUCAAAUGUAAUUUACAUAGCAAAAUGGAUUUUCGAAAGCCAGCCGGGGGUGGCGGCGGAAGGGAGGAAAUCUUACUUCCGAUCUUACCAAUAAGUAUGUACGACACUUACAAGCGAAAACCCGAGAGCGCGGCUUGAGUCGGGGCGAAGGGAAAACUUUGUGAAAAAUAAAAAUGAUUCGUCCAACCAGUACUAACUAAAGGAAAAUGGAACAUAAGAUGAUCGCACUUACGUACUCUUCCGUAUGAUUUUCGCAGGCCGCUUCAGUUUGCGGCAUUUACUACCUCCCCAGGUAGUUCCGCUUGUCCCGAAGUAGUUCCGUUUCCCGUUCCCGUUAACGCAUCCUCGGUUUGUAACAGCAGGAAACUACGUUUGUAGCGGUAAUCAUUUCCGUAGCGCGAGCACUGUAGAGAGAAAAUACAUGCAAGACUGAAAGUUAGGCGGAAGCACACGGAUUGGACGGUUGGGUUGUUGUUUACAGCGGACGUAGAAUCCCGCACACGGAUAGUCAAAACCCCGUGCUUGCUCCCACGACGACAGUUCACGGUCCUUAAGCUUAUUGCAGACGGGUUCCACAUCAAAUACGAACAAGCUCAUACGGUUUGUUUUUGGACAGAAUCUACAUCUGCACACCAAUUGAAUUUUGUUUUGUUUUGUCAUAUUCUUUUUGCGAAAAGAAUCAACCUUUUUAUCGUUACAGCUUCUAUAGACCCGUUACUUAUCAGUACCUUCGUUAAUACCCUGAUGUACGUUUAUUUCGUGAACAAUUUCUUACAGUAGCCAAGAAAAACAAUGGAAACAGCUUAUGAACCUUGGUCUCUAGUGCUCAGCUUGGUUUAGCCACCUCGCUCAUUACCUAACAAGAUGAGCCAAUCGGAGCAACAACUGAUCGCCUUGGUUACUACGAUGAAAUGUACACUUGACGAAGAUUAGAGCAUGUAUGAUGGUACUCGUCUGUAAUGGCUGUAGUUUUUGUUAUUACACAAAUGGCUUAGUUUAACAAAAAUCAGAUUAUCAACUUAUACUUUCUUUGAAUUCAACAUGCUCUGUUCUAUGCCCGACGAGCUUCAUCGACGACCCGUAAACAUUAAUUAAGGAUGCUUUCCAGUGACGAAACAUCGGUGCGUGUGUUUUAGCACUUACAAACUGCGGCUGCAUAGCGCGCAUGUAGAAACGUUUACGAAUAUGAUUUGGUUGUGUUUGCACUUCAGUUCACAACUUGUUAGGUUUCCUUGCAAACCCCGUAGACUUUCCAUUUUGUAUCAAAACGGUGGAAUCUACGAGAACGAACUAAAACAUUUAAAUGAAACACACAUGACAUGAAAGUAUAUGGAACGGUAUUAAAAAUUCCAAAAACUGCUAUAUAUAUUUUUUUAUUAUUUUACCAGUUUUUGCGAAUAUACAAUGUUUUUUAUAAACAACGGUGAAGUGAAACGAAACAUUUGUUUAGACCAAAUAUUUUUAAAAUAAUGAAGAUAACAACAGUGUCAAUACAAUCAAAAUUGCAAAUAAAAACAAACGGAAAACAAAACGAAGAUUCAUUUUGAAAACCAUUGUGAUGAAAACUGUAACACAACAAAUUAAACAUAAAACGGUUAAAAACAACAAAAAAAAAAACAUUCACGCACAGUGUGGCGCAAACAGAUGUUGGGAUGGUAUAGAUGAAAUUUAUUCAAAACCGAAAUGAUAAAAUGAUAUUGACGAAUUAAUGCAAACAAUACAUGUAUGUAACAGUACAUAUGAAUUGAAUGUAUGUAUGAAUAUAUAUGUAUGCAUAUAUAUUCAUAUAUAUAAAUAUAUUACCUAUACUACAAAGAGGAGCAAUAUGAAGCUCUUAAGGAAAUAAUCUUACACUUAUACAUAUACACAAAAUAGAUAGGAGAUAUUUAAUUAACUGUGAACAAUUUACCAAACAACAACAGCAAACAGCAACAUCAAGGAGGAUAAGGAAGAUUAACACAAUUGAGCUCUAGAACAAUGAUGAUGUAAUAGCAAAAAUGGAACUAUAAUAAAUAUGGUAAGAGAAGUAGCUGCAGAAAAAUGGAAACUCACUCUUACAAUAGACACACUAAAUAAAAUUAACUUACAAAACACACACACUCAAACACACUCGAAGCAAACAGGCAAACUAAACAAAUAAAGAUAAAAGCAAAAGGUCCUUCGAAGCGUUCUAUUUUCUUGACUAACUAAAAAAAAUCUAUAGAGAUAAAGUGGAAAUAAAAUUAAUAACUAGGAGCAACAAAGUGGAAAGCAAAUCGUAACAGUAAGCCACAAACUGAAAUCAAACAAGUUUUCAACAGGAAAUAACGAAGUCAAAAGAGCAAAAGUCAACAGCAAUGGAAGCAAUUACUAAAACAGAAAAAUCAUGGAAAUAAAUAAAAUAUUUUUAACAUUGCCAUGCGAAUACCCUCCAGUAUCUACGGAUAUUUGAGUGAAGGGAUAAGGAUCUCCGGUUUGCCAGUGCGUGUUUGCAGAAUUCGAAGGGGCAGCGAAAAGUAGCACAAUCUUGAAAAACAUUCAGUAGUCUCUAGGAGAGAGGAAACUCUUGUCGAAAAAAAGCCAUAGCGGUAACUGAUGUCGAUGUUGAGAUGAGAAACAAAUGAAAGUAAAACAAAAACCUUGGAGCAGAUGAGAAGUAAGAACGGCGGGUAAAUGUUUGUACAUUGUAGAUGCACAUCAUUUUAAUGUAUUUCGUUUCAAAACCAACCAGUUUAUGCUUUGUACGUACCAUGGUUCAGUUCUAGGCGUUGCUUUGGGCCAACCGUAACGGUUGCGAUUAGAAUAUGAUUUGGGAAACGAGUUUCAUUUGUUUGAAUGUGCUGACGGUGAAAACAAUUUCUACACUAGCAGUUAAAGAAAACAAAACGUGACCAGUAGUAGCGAUUCAUUGUUACAACGAUGAGCAUCAAUGAGCGAGAAGCGAAAGGGCGUGUGAGGAAGCGAGUAGGAAGCAAGCAGAAAAUAGUAAUGCAAAGCAAACAAGUCUUCUUACUAUUGGACAAGAUCCCUAAGACACAUUAGAAGAGAUUCCCAUAUCUCAUAUAUUAAAGUAAUAUAUUUACAUAUAUACACGAGUCCCUGAAACAAAAAAAGGUGUUUGUUACUUUAUUUACAACUAUUGAUCGUAUUUGAUUGGAUUUCAGUUGUGUAGCCUUUUUGGAGGAUGGUUUUUCGUUUUAGAUAAACAUAUAUAUUGCAUAUAGUUUGGAAAUCUACCUUCAGCCAAAACGAGGAAAAAACGAAAACAAAACUAAACGUUCCCCAAGUGGAACGCAAAAAGGGAGACAUAACAAAAGACGUACUUAAAUUGAAUAAACUUAAACACUACGCACACUUUCUAUAUUAAAAAGAACACGUGAGAGAAAAAAAAACACAACAGAGACCAGGUAAUGUUGCACACAGUGGAGAGCACGAAAACUCUUAGAGUAACCAGAAGCGGAACAAAAUGAUCUAGAGCUAGAGAAGAAAGGGGAAGAAAAAUGGCAACUUAAAAACGCAUAUAGUAAACUAAGCAAAGAUAUUAAGGGAAGGGAAAUCGAGCAAUGAAUUGUCCGUUAAUAUACCGUAUCUUUAAACAGCAAAUCUAACAACAAACCAGCAUCAGCUACAGAAAGAGGAUAAAACACAAUGAAAGUCACCAACCAAGUCUAGAGUAUUACACUAGGUAUAGCUAAUUACUCAAAUAAGCAAGUUCCCAAACACCCGUUUACUAGAGCGAAACUUAGAUAGGUAUUGGAAUCUUUUAAACGAAAAGGAAAAGACAAUUAAAAACAAAUCAAACUACAGAUAUGGAGAACGAAAACCACUGAGAAGGAAAAACUGAACCGAAUCGUUUAAAAAAAAAGGAAAGAAGGGACACUCUGUGCAAAAUUGUGUUCCAAAGAUUUACAGAUGAUUUUAUUUAAAUUCGUUCGGGCAAACCGCAUUUGCCACUAGCUUUGCUGGGCGUACAAUCACGCAACAACACACGUACACAAACAUACACAAAUACACAAGGCAAACAAUUACAAGAUUGGUAUUUGAAAUGAGCAACCUACACAAUUAUACAAGCAGUGAAAAACAUAUAAUGUAAACUAAUUUAAAUGAAAAAAUAAAAUAAAUUUAAUAUAAACAUGCAAAACAUAACAAGUCUGGGUUGUGAUGGAAAGACAGUCAUUUGCCAGUGAUGAAAGUUAUUAAGAGGGAUGAAAAAAGAGUAGCAAAAUAAAGCAAAACAAAAAAAAAUCAUUAACAAUUAUUACUUGCUAACAAGUAAAUGAAAAAAAAAAACAAAAAUGACACUAUAACUAGCAGCACGCGUUUGCUGACAUUUUCAGUUUAGAGUAACAACAGAUAGAACAAAGGGGCAGUUGCAUUUGUGCAUCACCGGGGACACACAAACACAUAGUGGACACACGGAGGUUCUAAAGAUAAGGUAUCUAUUUUUAAUGCAUAUAUUGUAGCAUGGCGAUAUUUGAGGUAUUUGAGGGAACAGAACCAAGCGAAGCGUCCUCCUCCGUAUUCCUUUGGCGGGUGGGUGGGUGUGUUUGUGUGUGCGCGCUUUGAAAGUCCGUUAAAUACGAUGAUUCAAAAAGCCACGUCAAAGGCGUGCACAAAUGGAACGAACAGAUUGAACUAAAGCAGAUGAACAAAUUCUACUAUCGACUAAACAAUAGCAAAAUAUUAGCUUAGCCAGCAACACACUGAAGGACAAGGCAAUCGAUUUAAUUAACAAUAAAAAGAAAGUAAAAAUAACAACAACUGUGUUACCAGUCACUAAGCAAAAGAGACAAUUUCAAAGAGUCGACACAUACACACACACACACACACACACACACACGCAUACACGCGAACAUUUACACUUACACUUCCAAGUAGCUCAUACAGAGAGGAACAAACCGGUGACAAACAAUUCCUAUCCACAGUAAGGAUCUUCUACUACUACUGCUGCUACUAUAAGUCUUAGUAAUGAACCGUACUACUAUGCGUCAUGCGAAAGCGUACUACUAUUUUCGAUAAUUUAAAAAAAAACGGAAGGGAAGCACAAACCAGAGGAACUGACUACUGUGAUUAUUUUGUUUUCUGUUUUAAAAUCUCUAAAACUAUCGUGCAAUGUUGUUAGCUCAACAUCGUCAACCGCAUCGAGUAGCCAUCGUUGAUUGUUUUGACUUCGUUGUUGAGUUCGUUACUAGACAAAUUUAUUAUAUUUCGGAUAAAAUUUUCGUCCAAAUUGGAAUCAGAAAUUUGAAAAAAAAACUUGCUUGUUUGCGUUUGCUAACCAGUUGGACAUGGGAAAGGAACUCAAAGGCCGCGGUUAAAAAAAGGAACAUGUUCAACAUUGGUUAAUGCAGUUGUUGCGUAAGAUCAGCCAAAAGAACUUUAAUGAAAAAAAAAACGAAGAAAAACAGUAAGGAAGCAAACGGGAAGCUACGAUCC